AUGAAUAAGGUCGUAAAAAUAGGAACUUUCUCAUUAUAGCUUACACCCCCGUUUUGGAUUGGCCUUGAGCACUCCCUCCCCUGUCACCAACCCCCUAACGGUCCCAAAUAUUUUAGCAUGCUAAAUAUUAUUUUCACAAGUUAAAAUAUUUAAGGGAGACUUGUCAAAUAAUAUUUUAGCAUUUAAAAUUUUCAGGACCGUUAGGGGUGGGUAAUAUGGGGAUGGGCUACUUAAUAGCGAGCAACCACGAGAGGUGUGUUAUACUUCUGCUAUGAAUUUUUAUCAUUACAAUUCUUAUUGAAUUUCCAGAGGAGAGCGAGCCAGAGGCAAUAGUAAAUCUAAAUCUAGUGCCAGACAUUGGAAUUUUGAUUGAAUCUCCAAUAGUAGAAACUGAGCACCAAAAAGCUGAAAUAUCCAGAAAUAGUCAACUGAAUAUGCGAGACGAUGAAAUUUCUAUCAAUCCUCUUAAUUUAGCCUGUAAACCUGAAUCUUUUGGAUAUAGUGAAGAGGAAGCUUUCCUUUUAUUUCCAAAUAAACAAUACCCGCAGUGCGAGGAAAGAUAUAAAUCAACCCAAGAAAUGUUUUAUAUUGAUCGCAAAAAUGACACUUUAUAUAUGAAUUGUACAGGAAGAGUUGUAUUAGGACAAUUGGAAGUUCGUGAACAGCUUGGGAAAUAUGUAUUUAAUAACCGAAUUAAAGAAUAUUGAGGCCCAGUUCAACUAGAGACACAGGAGUAUGCAUUUGGAACCUGCGAUUUAAAUAAGAGAACAGAUUUUGAGCACGUUACCUACAAGCUGAGACCAAAGGAGGAAUCUUUAAAAAGAGCUAAAAACUCUUUGGUUGGGAAGCCUAUAAAUAUCGUUAUGCUAGUAAUUGAUUCUCUCUCACGGCGAAGUUUUUUUAGAAAACUCCCUAUGUGCCUUGACUAUUUAAAUUCCAAUGCUAAAAAUUUUUCAAUUUUUGAUUUUAAGCUUCAUCAUAUCAUGGGCCAAAAUUCUCCUGCAAGCUACAUGCCUACAUUCUUUGGAGAUAUGCCAUUUAAACAGUCAAGAAAGAUUUUCAGAGGAGAUUUAUAUUAUUCCAUUUCUAUAUGAAAAUAUUUGCAUGACAGAGGAUUUGUGACUAUGAUAGGGAUGGACAACUGUGGAGACAACUUGCCAAGCUAUAUAGGAAGAACUCCUAAUGUUGACCACAUAAUGGGAUCAUUUUGAUGUGCAGCUAAAGCUUAUUAUGGGUACAGUCAAAGUUUAAAGAAAGAGCGAUGCAUUGGGAAUAAAAAUGCUCACACAUGAAUGCUGGACUUAAUAUUAGACUUCUCAGAUACCUAUAAAAACGUAUCAAAAUACACUUAUAUGCAUGUAAACACAGCCCAUGAAGAAACAGGGACUGUGAUCUCUACAUUAGAUUUAGACCUUAAAAAUUUCCUUCAAGAUUUUACAAGCCGAGAUGAAGAUUAUGUAUUAUUCCUAAUGGGAGACCAUGGCAUGAGGUAUGGGUCAUGAUUUAAAUCAAAAGAUGGCUCACAUGAGCACAAACUGCCACUCUUAUUAACUAUAGUAAAAAAUUCAGUUUUAGAGAAUGCCCCUAAUAGCACAGAAGCAUUAUUACACAAUUCAAACAGACUCAUCAGUAAACUUGAUUUUCACACAACUUUGCAGCAUCUUGGAAACUACCCUGAUAUGGAAUCUGGGAUUUUUGACAUUAGACAAAAAACGUCAAAAACCAAAAAAACUUAUAAUUUAUUUUAUGAUCAUAUCCCUGAUAACAGAACUUGUGAAGAUGCUGGGAUACCUGUAUAUUGAUGUGGAUGCAAGCCUUUUGAAGAAAUCACUGAAAACACUCAAGAUUUUGACUAUUUAGCAAAUAAUAUUAUACUUAUCAAGCUAAAUAAGCAAGAGCUGCCCAUUGCGAAUUCUCUAAUAUUUUUCAUUUUUACAUUAAAAAAAUCUACAAAUUCUUAAAAAGCAGCAUAUAGAUACCUUUAACCAUGAAAAUAAAAUAGAUGAUAGCUCAAAAGAAACAAUCUGCCAAAAGCUAAAUUUAAAUAAAACUUCAUAUAUAGGAAAACAAGAAGAUAGCGACAUAAGUUACUGAAAAAUAAAAUUCUCAAUCCAAGAAAAAGCCUCGCUCCCCCCUUUCGUGAGUGAACAAAAUUUUUUUGUUCACUCAUGGUUAUUUUUUUUUUUAAAAAAAUUUAUAUAGAAAUUUAAUAGUUGUUUUUUUUGAAAUUAAAAACAUCCUAAUUUGGAAAAAUUGGGAAGCAAAUAUUAAUUUAAUUUCUAAAAUUUAUGUUUUUUAAAACGCAAUUUGUUUAAAAUUAAUACAGAAUUAGCUCGAGAUUUCAUUAUAUUUAUUAUCACUUAUAUAUCAAUUUUUUUUUUUCAUAAAAAAAUUUUUAUUCACUCACGGAGAGUAGGCUUUUGGGCAAAAAAUAGGGAUUUUUCCAAUGGUUUUGUUCACUCACUAAGGGGGGGAAUCAGCGCUAUUUGAAGUCAUAAUCAGACUCUCCAAAACUCAAAUCACAAAAAGAGAGUCUGAAUAUUUCAAUGUAAGAAAUAUCACCUUUGGAGAAAUGAAAUAUUACAACAUAAUGAAUGUCAACAGGCUCGAUGCCUACGACAGCGUCUGCAAAGACGAAAUCCUCAAAAAAGGCUUCGACCCUGUUUAUUGCAUUUGCAAUGAAAGUGACUUUACUAUCCCUGCCCUUAAUACUACACAAACCGAGGAUUCAGAAAGACUCUAA